GGUUUCAACAUGGAUGAGGGCGAAAAGUUUGAUGUAAGCAAGCCUAUAGGAAUGGAGCUUAUGGAUAAUGCGACCAAUAUCAACACUUCAUCUGGAGGCUCAUCUGCAACGCGUGCAGAGUCCGAGGAUCAACCUUCCCAGAUUGAGAUUCACGCCAUCAUGGCAAUGCUGGUGUUUUUCAGUAUCAUUGGUGUUACUGGAAACUCAUUGGUCGUCUAUGUCUACUCCAGAAAGAGGGAUAAACUUACAUCUACUAUAUUCAUAUUGACACUGGCGAUAACUGAUUUGAUGGUCAGCCUUGUAACAAUUCCAUAUACAAUUGUCAUGGAGUACUUAAGAUUUGAAAUUGGCGAUUUCGAUUUUCUCUGCAAACUGUAUCAUUUUUUGAUAACAUGUACAGUACCAUUUGCUGCGCUGAUCAUGGUUGCGAUUGCGAUCGACCGCUACUUUUGUAUUUGUCAUCCAUUCUUACAUGCCAUGACUGCGUUCAGGGCAAAGGUGAUCAUAAUCUGUUUUGCCACACUGGCAUGUACCCUCGGUACGUUUACAUCGCUGUUUUAUGGAGUUUACGAGAAAAAAAUCGUCAACUCAACCAUGGUAUCGUAUGUAAAUAGUUCGCAAUUGGAAGGCGAAUCAACCAGAAACAUCUCAUCAGCAACAUAUACUGUUCUUAAUAAUGCUUUAUUGACUACCGAAAGUAGCAUUAAACAAACGGAAAACAUAACAUAUACGGGGGUUUGUGCGCCCAGUUUUAUAUUGCUCGACGACUCAGCAAGAAGGGUCUACCAGAAGAUCAGUGCAUCAAUAUUUCUCAUAAGUUUCAUCAUGGUGGUAGUUUUAUAUGUAAUGAUCUACCAUUCUGUUCUUGCGAGACGAAGUAAACGGCUGAAACAGCGUGGAGAGGAGGGUAAAUCGAUGAAUCUCCAUGUACCCGAUGCUAACUCUGAAGAGACGCAGCUCACCUCUACAAAUGGACACCAUCUUCAUGCUACAACAAACGGCUCCACGUGUAAGAAAAAGCAAUCAAAGGCCGAAAAGAUACGUCUAAGAAGAAAGUCAACACUUAAAGACAAGGCAGUUAUUGCCAAUCUAAAGACAGCAAUAAUGUUAUUCGUCGUCACCCUUGUAUUUAUUGUGUUCUUUCUUCCCGCGUGGCUCAUCGCGCUGCAUAUCAUCCCAUUCAAUAUAAUCGUUUUCUACAUGUACUUUGCCUACAAUGUGGCCAACCCUAUUAUCUAUUCAUUUAUGAAUGUCAACUUCAGAGACGACCUUAAGCUCAUAUUUAACUGCAAGAAACGUUGACUCAAUAUCGGGUGACCCAUUGGGAAUAGGAAUGACAGAUGAGUUAAAACUACAAACAACGAUGAUACGAUAGGAAACAAUAACGUAUAUGGCUUCAAAUUAUUAUUGGUGAAUAUGAUUCUAUAACAUAAGAUGUGAUGCAGACAACUUCGGCAAAACAUAACUCAGAAGACAUCUAACGACAAUCUAGGAAGUGUGAAGAUUUGAUAAUCAUAUAAUAAUGAGGCUUACGGUCGGAGAGUCGGUAAGAUGAAAAUUCACUCUAAAGUGUACAAAAAUACAGGGUACAUCAACCAUGCAGUAGGUACAUGAGUUCCCGU